AUGGGGGCCGAGCCCCAGGUGUCGCACUGGAGGCAGCUUUUGGAGCAGGCACGAUUGGAGAAGAGCCUUGUGCCCGACUUGCAGGCCGUGGAGGACGGGAAUCCGGCCGCCUGCAAUGGGUCUGCCUUGCGGAUCUUCAGGCAGCGAUCGAUCCUUCAAGAGGAAUGGCUACAUUCUUUCAUGCCGCAAUCGAGGAGUCCCAUCUCAGCCACAAGUUGA